GUUCAGGUCAUCGUGAAGGGCCAUACAACGCGAAACAUGCUGAAGGCAGUAGCUCCCUGCACCAGUGCCGCGGCGGCCAGGCCCGCCUCCCGUGGCGCGCCACGCGCUCGGGGUCACACCGUGGUGCAGGCACAGCAGGGCACCAGCGUGGUGGAGCAGGCGGAGCAGAAGCAGGAGCUGCAGCUGGUGGGUCCCGAGCCGCAGCGGUUUGUGGUGGCCAAGGGGCAGCUCAAGGAGAUUGCCAGCGCGGCCUUCCCCGCCCUCAUGCGCCUGGGCAGCGGUGCCUUCACCAGCGGCUACAGCGUGAGCCUAGUGCCCGAUGAUGGAAAGUACGCUGUGGCGGAGAUCUUUGGGAGCAAGCUGCGCGAGACGUCGGCGGUCAGCGGCUUCAACCGCCCGCAGCAGCCGCUGGUGCUGUACGAGUUUGAGGGCUGCCCCUUCUGCCGCAAGGUGCGGGAGGCGGUCGCACUCCUGGACCUGGAUGUACUCUUCCUGCCAACGCCCAAGGACGGCCCCACCUGGCGCCCCGAGGCGAUCGAGAAGGGCGGCAAGCGCCAGUUCCCUUACCUGAUCGACCCCAACACCAGCACUCAGAUGUACGAGAGCGACGCAAUCAUCGACUACCUGUUCAAGACCUAUGGCGGCGCCCAGCUGCCGCCGAUCGGCCUGCGCCUGGGCCUACUCACGGCCAUAUCCUGCGGCCUGGCCAUGCUGCCGCGGGCGCUCAAGGGCAGCGCGUACAAGGCCAGCAAGCUGCCCGAGAAGCCGCUGGUGUACUGGGGGUACGAGGCGUCGCCGUUUUGCAAAGUGGUGCGCGAGCAGCUGUGCGAGCUGGAGGUACCGCACCUGUACCGCAGCUGCGCGCGCGGCAGCCCCAAGCGCCAGGAGCUGUUUGAGAAGUGGGGCAGGUUCCAGGUCCCGUACCUGGAGGAUCCCAACACCAGUGUGGCCAUGUUUGAGUCCACCGAAAUCAUCAAGUACCUCAAGGAGACCUACAGCGCUUGAGCAUCAGGGCCCGACCAGCUCUUUGACAUGGAUAUCUCCCCCGCUGAAGCCAGUGUGCUAGUUGUUUCUCUCGUUCAGUGUAUCAUUCUGCCCACUUGUCCACCUACCGUCCCUGUGUGUACCUACCGUCCAUGUGAUGCCAUUGGAUUCAGCCCAUUUCACGCUUUCAUGUUGUCUGAACCAGAACCCAUCAAACCCUCUUGUCUGC